AAAUCCGGCAAAAAUAUCAAGUUGAUAUUAUCAACUGUUCUCUGUUGUGUAUUACUCUUUAAUUUGCUGUUACUUUCAUAAUUUUGUUUUUAAAACUAAAUUAGUUCGCUUUCAUCGAUCUCAAUGGCCACUAACCCACCUUUAGCUAUUUCUCAACUCUUACCAUUAGAAUUGAUUGACAAAUGUAUUGGAUCUAAGAUACAUGUUAUUAUGAAGAACGAGAAAGAGAUUGUUGGAACUUUGCUCGGAUUUGAUGAUUAUGUCAAUAUGGUCCUUGAAGACGUCACUGAAUUUGAAAACACCAAUGAAGGAAGACGUGUUAACAAACUGGACAUGAUAUUACUUAAUGGGAAUAACAUUGCGAUGAUGGUUCCUGGAGGUGAUGGUCCUAUGCCAGAAUAUUCAACAUGAAAAUCUUUCUCAUUCCUCAUCAAACAUUUGGUUUUAUAAUAAAUACGUAUUUUCAAGAUAUACAAUAAAUGUUCCUUUGAUGUUUAAA